GUUUUGUUUCCAAAGAAAAAAAGAUGCGUUUUCUGCUUGCAGAAACGUACUCUUCGAUCGUUGUGGACCACAAGAGCGCGAAAGCACCCUUUUUAUUUUUUACUAUUUUGUUUACUAAUUUGGAUUGCACUUUCAAUUCUGCACAAUUCAUUCCAGAAGAGUCCUUACGAUGAAGGUGUGGCUACGACGCAUCAGAAGUCUGUCAGUUGUCUAUACUGUGGUGCUGGUUGCAGCCAACCUGUACUUUUACAACUACGCCAAGAUAUUAUCGGUCUUCCAUCCGCGGUUUCUGGAAAAUGUAGCCUCGGAUAUUAGGUUCAACCUUUAUGGUGACCCCCAGAUCGAGGGCGACGCGAAGCUGCAGCGCCAACCAUGGGUGGGCCGCCUCGAUCUGCUGAUCAAUGACUACUACUUGCACCACGUCUACAAAUCGACGAUCAGCGCCUUCCGUCCGCGCUAUGCCGUGACAAUGGGCGACAUAUUCUCAAGCCAGUGGGUCAGCAGAGCCGAGUACUAUACGCGCAUCCACCGGUUCAAGUGGAUAUCGAAUCAGAUCGACGCUCGGAACAACACGAUUGACGGUGGUGACCACAGGCACUUCUACCUGGCCGGUAACCACGACAUCGGUAUGGUGAGGAGACCCGGCAUACCACAUCAACCGCUACACCAACAACUUUGGCCCGCUAAAUCAGAGUGGCUUGUGGACAUUGACGGCACAGUUACGAUGAUCAACAUGACAACGAACGCAACAGUUGUUGUACUCAAUGCAAUGAACUUGGACGCGACGCGCGUGGAGAAGUACCGUCACGAAGUGUGGGACUUUCCGACAAUUAUUCUCGAUGACGGCUUUGUCGCAUACCAGGACUACUUGUCUCCAGUGACAUCCGCCUAUUUGCUGCACUGCUUGAAGCCGACGAUCGUGUUCAACGGACACGACCACAACGGCUGCUUGGCAACACAUGUCGGUCCUAACAUCGACCGAGGAUUUUGCAGUCUGACUCUCGACGAGCUGGACGCCUACAGCUCCAAGAUCGAGGAUUUUGCGCAGAGCACGAUAUCCACUACGGGCAGCUCCAACAUGACUGGCGCGAGCGCUUGGACAGCUAUUGAGAUAACCGUGCGCUCUGCAAUGGGCGCGUACAACGGCGUGACGGGCAUAUUUGACAUACAGCGCUUUGCUGAUUCGCAGCUGCAGCAGAAUCGAGGAGACGCGCAUCACAGGGAGCUGCGCAUCGUAAAUGAGCGUGAGAUGGUAGGCACUGCAAACGGCUACGAGUACCGUUACCGAGAGCUGCUCGUGGUGCCGCACUCUGGCUUUUAG